AUGGCUUACCAUCACCAUCCGAAAGAUUCUCCUCUCAUCAUUGUCGGCGCCGGGGUCUUUGGCCUCGGCCUAGCCUAUGAGCUAGCUGCAGUGCGAGGAUACAACCAGGUCAUCGUUCUCGACCGAUUCGCUCCCCCGGUGCCUGACGGCAGCAGCGUCGAUGUUUCUCGCGUCAUCCGUGCUGAGUACGCAGACCCCAUCUACGCUCAGCUCUCUGCGGACGCCCUCAAGGAAUGGCGUGGAGAUACCCCAUGGUCAAAGCAUUACAACGAGACGGGCUUCAUCAUGCUGGGUACUGGCGAGAAUGGCUACGGAGAGAUUUUUGAAGCCCAUGAGACCGACCAGAAGCUCAAGGAACUCUACCCUGAUCUUCAGGCUGAUCUGGCGGGCCUGAUGUCUCUCCGAAACACUAUGGGUGGCUGGGCGGAUGCCGCAAAUGCCAUCCGCGAUCUCGCCGAGAGCGCUAGCCGGGCUGGCGUGUCUUUCAUCACGGGGUCCAGGGGCACUGUCAUCUCGCUAGAGUACUCAGGUCGCCGCAUUGUCGGCGUUAAGACCGCCAGCGGAGACUCGCUCAAGGCCAGCACUGUAGUUCUGGCUACGGGCUCCUGGACUAAUCUUUUGGUUCCCGACAUGGGCCACAACCUCUCUGCCGUGGGUCAGCCGAUUGCUUUUGUCCAACUCACUCCCGAAGAGGCCAAGAGGCUCCAGCGCAUGCCAGUCAUGCAGAUUUUCGACACUGGACUUUUCACUUUCCCCCCCACCCCUGAUACGCAUCGCUUGAAGAUUGCCCGGCACGGGUAUGGUUAUGCGUCCAGCUUUCAGUCCGUUGAUGGACGGUCAGUAUCUUCGCCCAAGCUGAUUGGGAACAACGUUGCAGCUGGAUUUCUUCCGCAUGAUGCUGAGGAAACACUGAGGGCAGGACUGAGGAAGUUUUUCCCGGAGUUUGGCGACCGCCCUUGGGAGAGCCUUCGCAUGUGUUGGUACCAGGACACCCCAGAUGGAGACUUUGUGGUCGACCAUCACUCGGACACGGAGGGAUUAUUCUUUGCCACAGGGGGCUCAGGCCAUGCAUUCAAAUUCCUGCCUGUUCUGGGACGCAACGUCGCUGACGUCUUCGAGGGCAAGGUUUCCGAGGAGCUUCGGGAGAAAUGGAGGAUCCAACCAAUGUCGAGGCGAGACCCGAACCAGCCUAUGGGUCAAGACGGAAGUAGGGGAGGGCCUGUGCUGCGUAGACUGUCUGUCAAGGAGCAGUCCAAGUUAUGA